GCUACCUAAUCCACAGGGGUCCCCCCACCCACCCUUAGACAACCUGAUAUAUAUAACACAAAAAGCCUUGCAUGUCCCAAUAACUAUUAAGACAGUGCGUGUCCCGAGCUCUGCGGUUCAGGCUGUCUGAGUGACUCUAUCAGCAGGAUUUCGCCCGUGGCAGAAGCCUGUGAUUGGGUCCGAGCGCAGAGCUGUUCUCAACUUUAACAUGCGGCUCGUGAGCGCGCGCACGAGAACACUGUAGGAUUAUCGGAGAGAAAUAUCGCUCAUCAUCACCUCGCGCUUUCUUAUUGACACGCGCGCGCGUGUGUGCGUACAUGUGAGCGUGUGUGUGUAUGUGUGUGUGUGUGUGUGUGUGUGUGUGUGUGCGUGCGUGCGUGUUUAAGCCUAACUUUUUAAAAGGAUGAUAUAUCUUGGAUAUUUCCUGCUUCUAUUUUGUGGGCUCACGCGUGUCAUGGCAAGUUACCCGAUAUGGUGGUCUCUGGCGGUGGGACACCAGUACACUUCUCUGGGUACUCAGCCCAUCCUGUGCAGCUCAAUUCCUGGUCUGGUACCCAAACAGCUCCGCUUCUGCCGCAACUAUGUGGAAAUCAUGCCUAGUGUGGCAGAGGGGGUGAAAAUCGGCAUCCAAGAGUGUCAGCAUCAGUUCCGAGGCCGCAGAUGGAAUUGCACAACUAUUAAUGACAACCUGGCCAUCUUUGGACCAGUGCUGGAUAAAGCCACUCGAGAAUCAGCAUUUGUCCAUGCAAUUGCCUCAGCGGGGGUAGCAUUCGCUGUGACGCGGGCUUGCUCUGAGGGCUCCGCCACCAUCUGUGGCUGUGACACGCGGAGGAAAGGACCGCCAGGUGAAGGCUGGAAGUGGGGUGGCUGCAGUGAGGAUGUGGAGUUUGGCAGCAUGGUAUCCCGAGAGUUCGCUGAUGCUCGUGAGAAUCGUCCAGACGCUCGCUCAGCUAUGAAUCGUCAAAACAAUGAAGCUGGACGUGUGUCAAUCACUGAACACAUGUACCUGAAAUGUAAGUGUCACGGCCUUUCAGGCAGCUGUGAGGUGAAAACCUGCUGGUGGUCGCAGCCUGACUUUCGGGUUAUAGGUGACUACAUAAAGGACAAGUAUGACAGCGCAUCAGAAAUGAUGGUGGAGAAACAUCGGGAAUCGCGAGGCUGGGUUGAGACCUUACGACCAAAGUACACCUUCUUCAAGCCCCCUACUGAAACUGACCUUGUCUACUAUGAAAGCUCACUUAACUUCUGUGAACCCAACCCAGAAACUGGCUCCUUUGGCACCCGUGAUCGUUUAUGUAAUAUGACAUCACAUGGUAUCGAUGGCUGCGACUUGCUCUGUUGCGGACGAGGCCACAACACUCAAACUGAGAAACGCAAGGAGAAAUGCCACUGCAUUUUUCACUGGUGCUGCCACGUGAGUUGCCAGGAGUGUACACGAGUUUAUGAUGUCCACAUCUGCAAGUAAGAAACCACCAAACCAAAACCAGAUUGAACCAGACAUUUGGGGUUGUGAACAUCCAAGGGCCUUUUGUCCGAAACUUGUGGACUGAGUUGUUUGUGGUUCCACUAAUAAGAUAAUCACCAAAAAGGGAUACAGUGGACAGUGAAGUAAUUCUAGAACACCUUCAAAGAAAGCUGUUAUAACGAACAAAAAGAAAAACCCAUAAAGGCUUGGUUCUCCUUUGUUGAGGACAAAUACAGGGUUGUGGCUCUGCUCUGGAAGGUACUUAUCAUUUACAGUAUGAUACAGGAGGGGAUAAGUGAUGCAUCAGAUUACUAGAGGCCCUUGGGACCUUGAUCAAUUGUGUCUUCACGAAAAGAACAGAAAGCCUUUCAAAGGGAGAGGUUUUGUUGGCACGUGGCAGCAAACCCCGAUGGAACAACUCUGUAACAGCAAAUGCAGCAC